CACGGCUUGCCACGGCUAGGAUCGCUGCACUUCUCCACGCGUUGAGAUGGAGAGCGCACACGUCGGGGUUAUUGCAGCUCUACUGAGCCAGGUGGAGAGCAGCAGAAAGAGCUGACUCGUCCCAGUGAGAGCAGGGAGGUGGGAGGUGACCCUCGCUGUCUCUGUCAUCACUUAGGAACGCAAAAUUGUGGAAAGACAGGGAACUGGACUAUCUGCUCACCGGAUGGGACAUUCAACAAGGGUGAUACUUGCUGCCGUUUGAGUUUAUUUUUCCAAACUGUGAGAGAAUUCCUGAAUUCUGUCUCCAAAAGGCUUUUGUUGACUCUUGAUAUGGAUCCCGGUUGAGAGCGGAUUGUCUGGGUUUUUAACGUGAAGGGACUUGGAUGUGGAUUAGAAUGCUGAUGCGGAGCACCUGAGCUUCGGGACGUAGCCCUCUGUAGCAGGACCACAUGGACAUGUUUGGUUUCUCCAAGAUGCCAAAGCUGUCCGGUCAUAAGAACAAAAUGUCGGGCUGGCCGCCCCCUGGCCCAGGCUCCUGGGGUGGACUGCAGGGACCUCCAUACAGCUGGGACAGCAUGAACAGCAGCAGGGAGGGCCGGGACCCCCUCACUAGUCAAGUGUCCCAGAGCAGCUCCCUGGAGGAGGUUCACCUGGACGGAGCCCCACCUGCCCCACGCCUGGUGGAAAUGAGACGGGACCCAGUCCUGGGCUUCGGCUUUGUGGCGGGCAGCGAGAAACCGGUGGUGGUCCGCUCUGUCACGCCAGGUGGUCCAUCAGAGGGGAAGCUGUUGCCAGGCGAUGAGAUCAUCAUGAUCAACGACGAACCCGUCAGUUCGGCUCCUAGAGAACGAGUCAUCGACCUCGUCAGGAGCUGCAAAGAAUCCAUCGUGUUGACUGUUGUCCAACCGUACCCUUCCCCUAAAUCAGCGUUCAUCAGUGCAGCCAAAAAAGCCAUGCUCAAGUCCAAUCCGGUCAAAGUGCGCUUUGCAGAGGAGGUCAUUAUAAACGGCCAGGUUCCAAACCCGGUGAAGGACAACUCUCUUCUGUUCAUGCCAAAUGUCCUGAAGGUCUACCUGGAGAACGGGCAGACAAAGUCUUUUCGUUUCGACAGCAGUACUUCUAUUAAGGACGUGAUCCUGACCCUGCAAGAGAAGCUGUCAAUCAAAUGCAUCGAGCACUUCUCCCUCGUAUUGGAGCAGAGGAUGGAAGGCUCUGGAAGCAAACUCCUUCUCCUGCACGAACAGGAGAUGCUUUCUCGGGUGACCCAGAGGCCCGGCUCUGACAAGAUGAAGUGUUUCUUCAGAGUCAGCUUCGUGCCAAGGGACCCCGUGGAGCUGCUCCGGAGAGACGCAGUGGCAUUUGAAUAUCUCUACGUGCAGAGUUGCAACGACGUGGUCCUGGAGCGGUUCGGCCCGGAGCUGAAGUACGACGCCGCGCUCCGACUGGCCGCGCUGCAGAUGUACAUCCUCACCAUGACGACCAGGCAGAGCCAGAAGGUCUCCUUCAAAUACAUCCAAAAGGAGUGGGGUCUGUCGCUGUUCCUGCCUCCUGCUGUGCUGUCCAGCAUGAAGGAGAAAAACAUCAAGAAGGCUCUGACACACAUCCUCAAAACCAACCAGAACCUCGUGCCUCCAGGGAAAAAACUGACUGCUUUGCAGGCCAAGGUGCAUUACCUGAGGUACCUCAGUGAACUCAGACUUUAUGGAGGGAGAGAGUUCAAAUCAAUACUUUUGCAAGGGGAGAAACAGACAGAUGUGAUACUGUUAGUGGGCCCACGCUAUGGCAUCAGUCAUGUCAUCAAUGCCCGGACCAACCUCGUGGCCCUAUUGGCCGACUUCAGCCACGUCAACCGCAUCGAGAUCCUCACCGAGGACGACACCAACGUCCGACUGGAGCUGCAUGUUCUGGACGUCAGGCCCAUCACACUGAUCAUGGAGUCGAGUGAUGCAAUGAACCUGGCCUGUAUAACAGCAGGCUACUAUCGCCUCCUAGUGGACUCGAGGAGGUCUAUCUUCAGCAUGCCCCACUGCAAUAGCACAGGAGGGGACGACACCAGUCAGGACCGCGUCCUGGAGUGGCCAUAUAGCACGUCUUUGGGAAACAACGAGGAGACAUCGCCGAGCCAGGAAGAAGCCUACAACAGGGACUCUGAGUAUCCGGACAACGGGCAGAGCGAGAACAGCAUCUCCCCUUAUUUCCACGAACCCCAAACACCUGACAGAGACCUGGGGACACGAAGAAGCCCGCUGCCCCCUCCUCUUCCCCCCGCGACCAGACACAAACCUCAAGACUCGCCUCGGAGCGCCAAAGUGUCGUUUAUUUUCGGGGGGGACCCACCCUUAAACAAGCCAAAGAAUGUAAGCUAUGAAAGACUGUUGGAGAGUCCUGAGGUACCCGAGCACAGACCGCCCUACUUGCAUAACAACAACACAGACUUUAGGCCACAGGACAGGGUGUCGUUCCAGUUCAGCGGUCUGACACAUGUCUACAGUAACAUUAUAAGUGAAGAAGGUGGUGAAGAGCCCCUGCUAAGGGAUCUGUUUUAUCGUGACACAACGGACGAUGCAGAGGAUGACGACGAUGCUUCCUGUGAAGAAGAUUCCACAGGGGGGACACCGGUGGGAGACGACAGAGGAGGUGGAAAUGAAAACUGUGGCACCCAAGGAGGAGGUUUACCCACCGCAGCCAGCAAAGCCACCUUCCUCGCACUUUCCGGUUCUACGGACGACAUCAUCGACCUGACGUCCCUGCCUCCCCCCGAGGGAGACGACGGCGUCGACGACGAAGAGGACGACACGCUCCUAGAGACGCUUAACCUCGCGAUCGCUGCGCCACCGCCGGGCUUUCGGGACAGUUCAGAUGAGGACACAGCACCUGAGGGAAGGCCGCUGAGCACACGUGACAACGACGAUAUCCCGGUGUCGUUGAUUGAUGCCAUUCCAACCCAGGGGGAGGGGGAAGGGAGCAGGGGAGGGGAGAGACGGCUGGAGAAUGCAGUCAUGAAUACUCUCCAGGCACUGGAGGCUCUGUCUGUGUCUGAACAGAGGCCUCCCCCGCCACCACCCAACAAUAACAAUCCAGGUGUUUACACAUCUCGAGGCCUUAGCCCAGAGUCAUCCUCAGAUUCCGGCAACGAGACCAACUCCUCAGAGAUGACUGAAAUCUCUGAACUAGCCGCUUCUCACAGGCUCAGUGAGAGCCACAUACGUCUUCUGGUGGCCACGAGGGAAGGCUACCAACCUUUACUUGAGGAGAAAACAGAAUUCCCUGUCUCUCCCGGUACAGGCGGAACAAUACAAAAGAAACCACGUAGUCCAACGCGGCACCUUCAGCCUCCAGCGGUUCCUCCGAGACGCAGCCCCCAAUUGGACACCGCAUCAUCGGGGCCAGAGAGCUUGGAGGUGAGGCCUCAGACUAACCUCUCAUCCACUCUCCAGCGCCCAAGUUCCACGACGCCGGGAGGCAAGCAUCACAAAAAGUCUGCAGACUCCGGCGGGAAGUAUAACACCUUCAGCACAAGGCAAGGGCAUCGAGGUGAGAGUAGCGGGAGCCGUGGCCGACCCGACUCAGACCAGCGCACUUCAUUCUGCGAGCGAGGGGAAAGCCAGAGAAGACAGAAUUCUCUUUUAGCAGAAAACUCUGCAGGCGAGAGCCUCGCAAUGAACAGCCUCCCACAUGACCAUCACAGAAUGCCCUGUUCUCCUUCCUCUACCUCUGAUCAUCUGUUAGACGUUGACUGCGGUGCAGAUAACGUAGCCACGAGUGUUGAGCAAGACGAACAUCUAGUUGUGGCUUCACUGUUGUCCCCAAGCAAAAAAUCCAGAUCGGUGGGUUCUGACCAGGGAUCGGACAUACAAAGUGAACAUCAACCGAUUUCUAGACAGCAGAGUGUCGCACGCCUGUGUGAGUACCAUCUAGCAAAAAGGAUUUCAAAUUUGCAAGGAGAAGCCCACAGUUCACUACAGGGCUCUCUGUGCUCAUCACUAGAUGCUGGUGGCAGCACGAACAGUAGCACCUGUGCCACCCCAACUGACUCACCACUUGGCCCUGGAGCUGUCGAAUCGAAACACCACCAUUUGCAAAGGCACCCUCUGUCUAGUUCUUCCUCCUCAUUACUCAGGGUGCUGAACUAUGAAGAUAACAAACCUGGAAUCCCACGCGGCACUCAGGGAAAAGACCUCCACCCUCACGCAGACCCUGCCCUACUUCGGAAAAUGCUGCCCAACAUUCACCCUCCUGGCGCUGGAGCUGAACCAGUCCGUCCCUCCUCGGCCACAACAUCUAAGCAUAAAGAAACCACAGGUACUGGAAGCAAGAGGCCCCACAGUGAACUGCAUGCUAAACAACAGGCCUGUUUUAAGGGGCUGAACCAGAAAGAAGGCAGUGAGGCCUACAGACAACUGAUUAACUAUCUAACAGUCAGCCAGAUGCAUCAGGGAGGGAAGCUGCACAGUGCAGGCAUGGGAGGGGCAGUCAAAAAGGACACCAGGCGCUUUAUCACUAGCAACCCUCAGCUUGUUGAAAUGGUUAAGAAUAGGGGGAAUACCAUUGCUCGUUGCCCAUGUAUGCCUUCCUCCAUUUCAUCCCCAAAUUCAGUAGCAACUAAUGCAGCCAACAUGCAGCUGGCAAAUAAAAAUCCACGGUCAUUCCAUUCGGCCACACUUCCCACCAAACUCAAGAGAAGUCCUGACAUGCAUGCUCAGAAACUGAACGAGAGUAUAGAUUUCAGGCCAGCUAAUGCUGAGAGGAGAAGCUCCUUUUCCGGCCUGGAAGGUGAACUAGAGACGAGUGGCAUGGACCCAGAGCACUUCCUGUCACUGUGUAAGACAGAGGGCUGUAUCAGCCGCGAUGGGGGAUUCAUUACAGGUGGAAACCGUGAGGGUGGGGGUACCACUAACCGUCUCCCACCUCGGUCAAGAAGCCAACCUAGUGGCAGCACAGAGGACUGGUUCAGAUCAGACCCAAGAGCAAAGCAUGCAGUUCGUCAGUCUUCUCAUCCUCGUCCUAAUGAUUCUCUUUGUUUCUCUGCUGCCCCCAGUGUAAGUGGUCAACGGGCAGACCUCAACAGCAUCUCACUAGGAAGGGGAGACCAUCCUUCAGCUUUUAUCAGGCAGGCAUCUACUGGCACUAGGUCUUGCAUUACAUCUCCAACUCCCAACCCACAAUCUCCACCUCCGCCACCUCCCCCACCACCUCCCCCGUUGCCUCUCCCCGCGCAAGCCAUCGCGAACUCCGGCAACUCAGGAUGCGCACAGAAUUCCAUCCAGUCCCGGCAGAUUCAGAACCACGUUCGGGCCGUUACCCCAACCCUGCCGCAGACGGAUCCCUUCGGCAAUCACCUGCAGCGGGGACGGGAGCUCAAACGCAGCGCGAGCAAUAUAACUGCCAGUUCUGGUAGCGUGGAAGUCCUGUUUGAUAAGCCCACCAGAAGCCGGAGCCAGCAGCCCAUGUCACCAUCUGUGCCCCAGCAAGGUGAGACCAAAGUCCAACGGAGGCCAACAAGGAAGCGGCUCUCCAAGAGCUACUCCCAAGGUUCUGUAUCUUCUCACGCCAUGUGCUGGUCUACAGGCAGUAGGGUAGACAGUAGAAGGGCGUCUGUGGCAUUUCCAUUACAGAAAGAUCCUAAACACAUGAAGGGCUCUCAAAAACUGGACACCAGUCCCUGGAGAUGCAAUGGACCUUUUAGCUACUGUUUCUUUAAACGUAAGAGUGAAGGCGAAGAGGAUGAGAUUGAGUGGGAAAGGCCCAGACGAAGCCAUGGUGGUAGCGGCGACGGUGCCGCCGCAUCAGCCAUAUUGCCAUGUGGCUCAGUGAUGGAUGCAGCUGGGGAACAGCUGUAUGGGGAGGUCCUCAAUAACAUGAGCUUCAGUGACCGCCUCGGACGAAUCAACGCACUCAAGGACCGCAUGUACGGCUACCCUUCCGGCUUCACUGACGUCCGCCGCGAUGCCAGCGAGCUCAUAGCACUGGUGAGAUCCAGCGUUGGCCGCUGCGAUCGUGGCCCCCAGAUGCCUCUCCAGGAUGUAUCCCAGUACAAGCAGCUCCUCUCUGUUGAAUCUAAAGAAUUAGGUCGGGCAUGCCGGAGGAUGGCACAAGCCCACGGUAGUCCUGAGGAGAUGCUGCUGGCUGUAACUUGUAGUUUCCAGGUGCUAUGCUGUCUCUGCGAAGCUUGCAUGUGUCUGGUUAGGGGGCUCGGAGCCUCGGCGACACACCAACAGAGAGAAGUCGUGGCAAAAGUCGACGAGGUUGUUAUGAACUAUAUCUGUCUGCUCAAAGCGGCUGAGGCUGCCACCGUGGGAGCACCAGGGGAGCACAGUGUGAAAGCCCUGGUCCGCCACUCGAGUACCAUGUCGGCCAUUGCUAACGCACUCACCCGCUCUCUUAAAACGCUGCUCAGCAAGUAGAGGCUACUCCUUAUGCUUUAUAGCGUGGCCUGCACAGUCUGUAGAAGUCUGUCUUUAAGCAUCUUGCUGUUUUUGAGUCUGCUGAAAGAGUCAUAUAUUUUUCAUAUAAGAUCUCAAUGAUAUCCAUAUCAUAAUCAAUAAAGUGUACGACUUGUUGGAGUAAGACUCAAUAUUAAAGUUAUAUUAAUAUUAGUAAGAUGCUGGAAGGCAGUCCUGUGUGACUGCACUUGCUUUUUUUUCUGAUGACAAUAUUGUAAUGUAGAUUUACAAAGCCAUACUGUCACAGAACUUUGUGAUAUGACAUGUACCUAAUAGAUACCCUUUUACCUGUGCAUUAUGUAACUUAUUUAAAAGAUGUAUAUAAUGUAUAUAAAUACAAUAUAAAUAUAUUAUUUGCCGUAGCAGUUUCAAGAAGCCAUUGAGUAUUCAGCUUAAUUUGCUCGAAUAUUGUACAGGGCUGGAGUGAGUUCGCUUUCAGUUCAGUCAGUUCAUAAAAGUUUUACUACAGAUAUUUAUAGUUGUGAUUAUAACAAUUUAUCUAUAGAGUAAAAGUUAAAAAAAAACAAAGUAGGUAAAGAUGUGUGACUGUCAGUUCAGUGAGGAAAUUGUUGCUAUUAUUUAUUCACACGAUAAAUAUGAGGUUAAAUUUCUGAAUGACUGUAAAAGUGAACUGAUUUCAACCCUGUUGCAUUAUAAUGCAGUUUAUUAUUUAUUUAUUUAUUUAUUGCAAGAUGAGAGGAACAUUUGGUAGAAAUGUUGAAAAUACAGGGACACUGAAAUUGCACUGCAUUGACCACUGCUUCAUAUUUUAGCACAUAGAUUAUUUUCAGAUAAGAAUAAUAACAACUGCUCCCCUGAAAACAAAAUAUAUAAAACUAUUAAGAUGUUAUCAUAUUAAAGAAAAGAUAAUUUAUUGAUAAAUAUUUCAGAUGGAUCACUCUGUUAAUAAUAUAUGAUUAUUUUGAAUUGUAUGUGUUUUAUUAUCAUCCGUUUUGGAACAAGUUCUGUGCUUGAAUGAUUUAUCAAUCCACACUAUGUAUCAAGAUGCAGAUCUCUUGACAAGAGGUUCAAUUCCUGCUUCUGCUUUUUUUUUUUCAAUAAUCCACAAUCUAUUAAAAAACAUUUUACAGAU